UAAAGUUACAGCCGCUCACAGCUCUACCUGUCCAGGUAAAGUGCGCAGCUUCAAAGGAUCACCUCUCCAGACCAAAUGUAUUUUGGUCAUGGCCUUCGCUCUGUACCCUCCUCUUCAGCCUGCGGUCCAGAUGAGCUCUCAGGAGGACAGCGAACAGCCUGAGGUUUCUGUAGAAAUGGCUGAAGCAGCAGCCCUGCCCCUGUCGCCCUCGGACCUGGGUGUGCUGUCCCCCCCUCCAGACCUGUGCCCGUCGUGCGGACACAGCCAUGCCCUGGAGGAGAACCACGAGUACUUGUACCAGGACGAAGUGGACGAUGACCUGGUGUGCCACAUCUGUCUGCAGCCUCUGAUCCGCCCUCUGGACACACCCUGUGGACACACCUACUGCCAGGAGUGUCUGACCAGUUUUCUGUUGGAGAGCGACUUCUGCCCCGUGUGCCGUGCCUCCCUCAUGUUACAGAGCUGCAGGAAGCCCAGUUUGCUGGUGCACAAACUGCUGGACAAGCUUACUGUGCACUGCCCGUUCACAGAGCACUGCACAGACACAGUGGCCCGUGGAGACCUGGAGGACCAUAUCAAGAACAGAUGUAAAGGAGCUUCUCACUAUGGCCUCUCGGCAGACAGAAAGCGGCGCUCUCAGGAGGGAGAAUGCACAGACAGCACAUCAGAGCUCACCAUUGCCACACUGCCCAACGAUGGCCCUGCAGCAGCCGUGGCUCUGCUGUCCGACGAACCGGGACUGGUUAACCCGGCCUUUGACCCCAGCAUGGAGGACAACAGCCAAUCAGGGAGCACCACCAGCCUGGCCGCGCGCUCCAGCUCCAAGAAGAUCAGAAACUUUGAGCGCUCUUCAGUGAGGAGCCGUUCCUUCAGGAGACUGAACCGAGCCUUCAGUGUUCUGAGGAGGACCAAGAGCGGAACAGCAGUCAGCAAUGAGAGCACCGAGGAGAGGGACAACGCACGCAACUCCAGUGUGCCACAAGAAGUGCUGGCCCUGCCCCAGCUCCAUCACCUGAUCCCGGAUGGAGAGGUCACCAGUAUUAAGAUCACCAGAGCAGACCCAUCUGAGCCCCUGGCCAUCAGUAUUGUUGGGGGCAACGAGACCCCCCUGGUCCGCAUCCUCAUCCAGGACAUCUACAGAGAGGGAGUGAUCGCUCGAGACGGGCGCCUCCUGCCAGGAGACAUGAUCCUCAAGGUGAAUGGCAUUGACAUCAGUAACGUGCCUCACUGUUACGCUGUGGCCAUCCUCAAACAGCCAUGCCAGCUGCUGCGUCUGACUGUGCUCCGGGAGCAGAGGCACCGCUAUCGCUCUCACAGUCACUCGCACCCACACGAUUUGUCCUCGCCAGGGGCUCAGGGCCUGCCCCAGUACCCCCUGAGGGACGACAGCAUCCACGUGGUGCUCAACAAGAGCAUUCCAGACGAGCAGCUGGGCAUCAAACUGGUGCGGCGGCCAGAGAUGCACGGAGUUUACAUCUUCCACCUGCUGGAGGGGGGCCUGGCCGCACGGGACGGACAGCUGUGUGUGGGGGACAGGGUCCUGGCCAUAAAUGGACACGACCUGCGCUAUGGGGCACCAGAGCAUGCUGCUCUGCUCAUACAGGCGAGUGAGGAGCGUGUCCACUUCAUUGUGUCCAGACAGAUCUGUGUCCCCGCCUCGGACAUCUUACAAGAGGCUCCCUGGGCAAUGGAUGGGCCUCCUCCUUAUUCCCCCGUGGACAUCGAGCAAACAUUACUGGAUGUCUGUCAGAAACCGGCGUGCUAUGAAAAGACCGUGACUCUGACCAAAGAGCCGUACGACUCCCUGGGCAUGACAGUGGCGGGGGGAAUGUCGAGCCGAGGGUGGGACCUGCCCAUUUACGUCACCAACGUGGACGCUGACGGGGUGGUGGGGCAGGAAGGCUCUAUCCGCAAAGGUGACAUACUGCUUAACGUAAACGGGGUGGACCUGACUGGGGUGACGAGGAGCGAGGCUGUGGCAAAUCUCAAAAAUACCUCCUCCCCCGUGGUUCUCAAGGUCCUGGAAAUGCGUCCUCCAGAAAGAGCCUGCAAGAGUGCGCCCUCCCCCACCUGCCUCACCCCCUCCCCCACAGACAGCACCAAGAGCCCCCUGCCCAAUGACGACUACUCGCCUCUGUGGGUGUCAUGGCUGCAGUUACCCAGGCAUCUCUACUGCUGCAAAGACAUUGUCCUGCGGCGGAGCACUUCGGGCAGCCUGGGCUUCAGCAUCGUCGGAGGUCAAGAAGAGGUCAACUGCAAUCAAUCCUUUUUUAUCCGCUCCAUCGUGGAAGGGACGCCAGCCUACAACGACGGCAGGAUAAGGUGUGGGGACAUUUUGCUGGAGGUCAACGGGAAGAGUACAUGGGGCAUGACCCACACGGCGCUGGUACGUCUCCUAAAGGAGCUCCGGGGCAGAAUCACGCUCACCAUCGUCUCGUGGCCUGGCAGUCUGCUGUAGCCAAACCAACGCUAUUGUCUCUAUGGCAACGACCAAGGAAUGUGGAGCGCCCUAAGCUAGCAGAGCGGACAUGGCUUAUAGACUAGUACUGUAGCUAGUUGGACAUUUGACUUCUGAUGGACAGCUUUACCAGGAGUUUGGGCAUGGGACACUGGACUAUUUUUUGUCUUUGCAAGAAUGUUGGACACUAUUGAUGCUGUUGGACAUUCACAAACACAGCCUCGAGUGAAGAGGAGACAUGCCACAUUGCCAAUUCCAGUAGUUCUGUAGUAGGGUAUGCAUACGCCGGACUCACUUUGUUUACUGUAAAUGUUGGGUGUUUAAAAUAAGUACUGAUCCAAGCACUUGUACUAUGUUUCUCUUGUUUGUCGUUGAUAUGGCCUUGACUACAGGCUCUAUUCUGUUUGUACUGACAGUGGACGUCAUUCUCAUCUGUUGACCUGAAGACACGUUGCCAAAUUGUAGUCUGUGUUUGAGGUAUUUUUUAUUUUAUUUCAAAAACUCAAAGUAUCAAAUCACUGAUGAGAAAAUGAUAAAAAAAAAAUAUGAUGUGUUCAUAGCGUGCAAAAAAUAAUAUUUAAUAAUUAGGUGACGUUGUGGAGGCCUUACUAAUUUUCUUACUUUUAAGAAAAAAACUGACUUGGUUUGUGUGUAUCAGUGGAUGGUGUGGGGCCUCGUGUCAGGUCCCUGUCGAUCACAUUUCGCUCUGUGUAAUAUAUCUGAUGGUUCAUUUGGUUAAAUGAUCAAUAAAGUCAUUGGAAAAGAAA